CAAAUUCACUGCACUCUUUUGAUUAUGAGUUACUGAAAGCUCGUAUUUAGUGCGAUCUUCUAGCACUCAGGUGCAUGGCAUUUGUGCCUCCAAGUUGGGCAUCGCAACCAUCAAGAACUGCUAGUCUAAAAGUGAAAUCACAGAGCGGUGAAUUGAUAGAAAGCUUUCCUAUCGACACCAAAGCGUUUUACCUGUUUGGGCGCAUUCCUGAGACCUCUGACAUCACUCUGAGUGACAGCUCUUGCUCGCGUUCACACGCCGCUCUGGUGCAUCACGAGGACGGACGGCUGUUCCUCAUUGAUCUACAAUCGUCGCAAGGCACACACUUGGACGGGCGCAGAAUUCCACCAAACAAGCCAACACAGAUCUCCAACGCAAGCGUCUUGACCUUUGGGAACCUAACUCAGCAGUACGUGGUUGAGUGUGAGACAGCCGGAACAAAGCGGAAAAAGCCAGAUAACGAGAACAUGGACAAGGGCACAGUUAGAGCAUCGCAUCUCCUGGUCAAGCACAGGGAUUCGCGGCGGCCGUCAUCGUGGAAGGAGCCGACGGUGACGCGCAGCAAGGAGGAGGCGCUGGACAAGAUCCGCGGCUUUCAGCAGCAGCUGGCAGACGGCAGCGCCGAUUUUGCGACGCUGGCGACUGCCGAGUCGCACUGCAGCAGCGCCCGCCGCGGCGGCGACCUGGGAGAGUUCGGCCCUGGGCAGAUGCAGAAGCCCUUUGAGGACGCCACUUACGCCCUCAAGGUCGGGGAACUGAGCCAGCCGGUGUUCACAGACUCUGGAGUGCACCUCAUCCUGCGGACUGCUUGAUAGCAACACAAUGCACAGCCGGGAAUGACCAAGCAGUCAUUGCUGUGUGGUGCGUAAAGGGUGAUCAAGGGUCACGACAUUGCAGACUUUGGUGCAGAUCUGCAGAGUUGCGCAGAAUCAACGUAUUGACCCGCAGUGCCCCUUGGGCUUGGGCUGUGCUUCUUGGCCUGUUGAGUGAGCCUGUCGGGAGUCUAUGGGACAAAGUUCUGCAAUUUUGACGAAAUGUGAGGUAAAUUGAUCCUCAAAUUGGUUUUCUACAUCUGCUGCAUGGCAAGCAAGAUCUAUAGAUUUACGCUGUCUUGGACCUGCUCCUCGAUCAAGGCUGGCCUUGGAGAGCUCGAGAAGAUCUUCUUGAAUG